AUAUUCCUCUCAACCCUCAUCGAAUUAUUGAAAAAGUAUGGGCACAACAAAAACGACAACACGGUGCCGCCUUUGCAGAUUGCGCAACAAUUAAUGGAUUGGACCGAUCCAUUCAAAGUUGUCGGACUGAAGAGACAAUCGACUAUGGAUCACAUGCGGAACUUGCAAUUUCUGUUAUAAGGGAACUGUUCUCUGAAUCCGAUAACGGUAAUGAACUUGAUCAGCUUAAAGAUAUUAUUGAAUUUGUUGAUAAUUUUGAAG